ACCGGACCCCAGCAGGUAGAAAAGCAUGAACAAUUGGUAGGUGAAAUGUACCUGUUGGCAAACUCGUUGCUUCAAGAAGAGGUUGCUAGGAUUGAAGGAGAGAGUACAAGUCCCACAGGCAAGAGAGAGGAGAAGAGUAGCAUGCUGAGAGGGUUCAGAGGAGAGAGGAACAACAUGUUGACUGGACACAGCAGACAGAGAGGCAGACUGCAGAGAGGAUUCAGGAAGGAGGGGCACCAAGUGGAUCAGAUGCACCUCCUCAGCCUGCUCAGGACUGCCCUAUGUUAGGCAUGGAGCCAGAGCUGCCUCAUGAGCCACAAGGACAGGAGCAGAGUGAGGAUCAGGCUGCAAAGGAGAAGGAACAUGACAGGAAGGAGAGAGCAGCAACAGAGAGAGAGAUCAGAGUCCAAAUCAGACUUAAGAACCUUGCGGAGCUGCACGAGAAGGUUGAGCAGGGAGAGCAGCCUGUGGUACUAGAAGACGGAAAGAGAAAAGGCUCAUGCGCUCAGGGCGAUGAGACCCCUCUUUUCACAGAGGCUUGGGACAGCUUUGACAGGUUGUUAGAGGCAGCAAGGAGGCCCAGGGAGCAACAUCAGGAGAUGGGGCUUAAGCUGGUCUCUACAGACUUGCUUAACCUGAAGGGUCUUAUGAAGGAAGGUUUUGCGGCAGCCAAGGCUUCUGAUGGAAAGAUGGAGAAGAGGUUGACAAGGGUGGCGCGGGCGUCUCGUGAGCAGAAAAUGGAUUGGCAAAAAGAAAUUGACGAUUUGAAGAAGAAAGGGGAAAGGCAGGACAAGGAGGUGGAAGCCAUGAAGGCUGAGGUGGAGAAGGCCUGGGCAGACAACGAGGCCAUCAGACACAUCAACCAGACCCUCAACAAAGUUAACGACACCCUGAGGACCUACUUGCAAGCGCCAACUACAGUGGUGGAUUGGACAGAGGUCCAAGGGUUUGGGAUCAGAAGACAGCCCGCAGAAGAAGCCUUCAAGUGCCAGAAGGAAGAGGAAGGGGCAAGUCAGCAGAAGGGUGAGGAGAUCCCCUUGCUAGACAAGGAGACGUUGCAACCGGAGGAGAUACCAACAAAGAAGGAGGCAGAGGUCGAUGAAGUUGAGUGGCAAAUGCCCUCUAUUUUGGCAUUUGAGCAGGUACAGAGGAGAGAGGAUACGACGCAGCAGGCAGAAACCGCACAAGAUGAGGGUGCUCCGAUGAUCACUCAGGGAGAAGCUACAGAAGUGAAGGAAGCUCAGGAGACUACAGGGCAAGUCAUGGCUGAGGGAGAGAAUCUGGAGGACUGUCAAGAGUCGACCACACCUCAAGGUAUGCCUCUUGUUACAGGACUGGAGGAGGCAUUGGGAUCUUGGGCUACUGGUUCUGGGCCAGAGGCACGAGGGGAUGAGCAGGUGACCCAGACAGAUGACAGAACAACCUGUCCUACUCCUUCAGGGGCUCCUCAGCAGGAGGUUACGAGCGAGGUUACAUCAACCUCCUCAUCAGCGCCCUCGCAGAGCGAAGGCAAGAUGUCCCAAAGGAAGCCUGGCAAGUGCUUCUACUGCAAGAAGGGCAAGCAUAGGUCUGAGGACUGUCCCAAGAGCCUCAAAGAUGAGGCAGAUGGCUUGGUUACCAGGGAGGCAUCUGGGAGGUGGAGAGAUAGGGAUGGGGACCUAGUCCCUAAGACUCAUGAUGGGGUGAGGGCGCAGUUGUAUAGACAGCUGCAGAUGGUUAUGAGUGAUCAAGAGUAGGGUUCAUUAAUAGGGUCCUGAAAGAUCUAUAGCUAGUAUGUAUAAGACAUCU